CCUCCUCCAGGUUAGGCCGAGCUCUUGCUGAGCUUUUUGGUCGUCUUGUUAAACUCUGUGUGGGAUCACCUGUACGCCAGAGGAGGACCCAUCAUUCAGCCAGCACUACUACUGCACCAACACCUGCCGCUCGGUCAACAGCCUCAGCUCUCACCAAGCUACUCACUAAGGGCUUAUCCUGGCAGCCCCCACCAUAUACACCUACACCAAGAUUCAGGCUGACAUUUUUCAUCUGUUCAGUUGGCUUCACUUCCCCAAUGCUGUUUGAUGAGAGAAAAUAUCCUUAUCACCUUAUGCUACAGAAGUUCCUCUGCUCUGGUGGCCACAGUGCUCUUUUUGAGACUUUCAAUUGGGCUCUUUCAAUGGGAGGCAAAAUUCCCAUAUCUGAGGGACUUGAACAUCCAGACCUGCCUGAUGGCACAGGAGAGUUUCUGGAUGCUUGGCUUAUGUUGGUAGAAAAAAUGGUGAACCCAACAACUAUACUUGAGUCACCACACUCCCUCCCUUCUAAGCUGCCUGGGGGUCAAAACUAUCCACAGUUUAGUGCCCUCCGCUUCCUUGUAGUGACUCAGAAGGCGGCUUUCAACUGCAUAAAGAACCUGUGGAACCGGAAGCCUGUAAAGAUUUAUGGUGGGCGGAUGGCUGAAUCCAUGCUGGCCAUCCUGUGCCACAUACUUCGGGGAGAGCCUGUUAUCCGAGAGAAACUAAACAAGGAAAAAGACGGAGCAAAAGCUGAGGAGGAAUCUGGGCAGGAAGAAGGUAGCUCCCGCCGAGGACCUCAAGUGAAUCAACAACAACUACAACAGCUAAUGGACAUGGGCUUCACAAGAGAACAUGCUAUGGAGGCCUUAUUAAAUACUAGUACUAUGGAACAAGCCACUGAAUACCUGUUAACACACCCUCCCCCAAUCAUGGGUGGUGGUGUUAGA